AUGAGUGAUCGAAAUAGAAACAAGUUGCCCACUAACUUGCCACAGUUGCAAAACUUGAUUAAAAGGGAUCCCGAUUCGUACAGAGAAGAGGUGAGUGUGCUGUUUUAGGGAUCAAUGUCGCCGUUUCUUUAUUUGCACGUGCAACGUUGCUCUGCGGUCCUUAUGGAUUGUCAGUGAACAAAAUUACCCUUGCUUUGCUUUCGGAAUUGUUGUUGAUUUCAAGAUUUUUUCAGUUUAACAUGGGUAAUUGAUACAGAUGUAUAUCGAUUUAACAGAGCUCCCUUAAUGCUACUGAAGGAAAAUGAAGUUUGUAUGAUUUAUUGAAUUGAUAAAAUUAACAAUAUGAUUCAUUAGGGAUGUCGUUUGUGCUUUGAAUCAGGUUCCUUUUAGGAUCAUUAUACUAAACUGUAGCAAAACUGACCUGAAACCUUGAUUUACUCAGUUUUCUAACCCUAACAUAACAUAACUUAACUUCAGAGUCAUUCGGCGUUCGGCAUCCUUUCAGUGUUUUACAAAAUACCCCUGCCAGGCAAAAACGAGUCACAAAGCGUGGACUGGAUGCCAAUGCCACCAUCCACUUGUGCUAAAUUUGCCUAUUUUUAGCCUGAAGGGCUGCAGUAAAUCACCUUUCCAAUGUUCAACAACAACAGCGGGGGCGGAUCUAGGGGGAGGGUGCAGGGGGUGCGCACCCCCCCUGAGAUGACCUGCGGUUUUCUAAUACAACUGGUAUUUUGCAAAGAAAAAAAACUAUGUGGUUUAUUGGUAUUGAAGUAGAGCAAGAGACGAAUGCACCCCCUCCUAAAAAAAUCCUGUAUCCGCCCCUGAACAGUGUUCCUCUAAAAAACAUAUGUGCUUGGUGGUAGCAUUGCAAAGUGUAAUGUGAGGCAAUGGUUUCUACUUUUAGUUUCUCCAGCAGUUUCGGCAUUAUGAAUCCAAUCUGCAGAUAUUUAAACUUGAUCCAUCAAAUGCAAACAAAACUCUUGGAGACUUGGUCAUGUUUAUCAGCCAGGUAAGCAAAAGUAACCUGAAAUGUAAACUUCCUGGAGUGUUAACAAAUAUUUUCAAGAAAAAUGAUCAAAUCCAUGAUCAUAACACUCGUUUAAGUAAACAUCUACAUAAGCCCUUGAGUAAAACAAAUGCACGAAAAUUUACAGUAGCAAACAAAGGGGUAGAUAUUUAUAACAGCUUGACAGAUGACAUAUAAGAUAGUUGGUGAGGUUAUUGUUUUAAACGUAAAUUGAGAAUAUCCUUUGCGAGUAAAGAGGUAGUAUGAAACAGUGAUUUCACAUUUGUGAUAUUUUAUUGACAAAUUCGAUGUAAACACCUAUACAGUAUUGAUGACAUAAAAACCUUAAUUCCUAGCCAAAAUCGUCCACGUCAGCAAAUGAAAUUGAUGUAAAUUGUCAGGGAGUCCCUUGAUGAGCAGAAAAAGGCUUCUGAGACUUCUUGUUCAAUAGUAAUUGUUUCUUAAGUACUAUCAAAAUGUUGUAACAUACAAUAUUGAGCAAAUCAAUAAAUCAAAUCAAAUUUCCCUUGAAAUACAUGUAAACUAAUAAGGUAGUAAUGAUAUUAAUAUUAGUAAUGAAAAGAAGAAACAAUAAUAAAUUAUUAUUUUAUAUAAUGUUAUAGGGUUUAUAAACUACUGCUUAUAAGCCUUGGGCUUAUACGUCUUUGUAGGGAGUUUUAAGAGGGCCUAAAAAUGGAGGGGCUUAUUUCUGAGGGGGCUUUCAACUUGACUAGCUAGAAAAAGCAUUUGCUGACAAGUUACAGAUAUGGCAGUGCUGAUCAAAAUACAUUUUGUAUUAUUUGGUUUUCAAUAAAGCUUCAAAACAUCAUAAUGAAUCAAAUUCAUUUUAAUACAAGCUUGAGUGGCUUAUAUCUCAGGGGGACGGGGGGAGGGGGCUUAAAAUGAAUGCAUUUUUUAUGUGAAGGGGCUGACUAUACUGACAGUGUAAGCUUAUGAAUUAAUUUUAUAGGUUUCCCACUGCUAUACUAAAGAAUUAGAACAUUUUCCUCAAGAAAUAAUAGAUGUCCUUCAAAGACACCACAGUGCCAUGGAUGCAGAUCUCAGAAUGGUAACCAUCGAUAUGUAGCAAUAUUAUUAAUGUUGAAGUAUAAAUGUACAGGGCACAUUAUUGUAUUUUUUAAUUUUCAAGUUUCAUCGUUCUGCUGUGCAUUUGAUGGGCCACAUUAUUUGUUAAUAUGGAGAAAUAUUAAAUAAAUUAUUAUUGAGGUGCUCUGCUAUUCUUCAUUUUCUAUUGACACAUGUUUCUGAUAGAGAGUGUACACAUGAGUUUCUAAGAGAAAAAGAUUGUUCUAAAACUUAAUGCACCCACACUCUGUUCAAAUGCAAAUUAAACUUAGUGACGGAAGCAAUAUUCAAACCCAAAUGAAACAGAUUCAUUCAUUUCAGACUAUUGCACACUAUGCUUGAUUCCGCAAACUAAUCCUAAUUCAAUGCUUUCUUAAUUUUACAGACGCUCUGUAAAGCUCUUAUACUUAUUAGGAACAAGAACCUUCUCUCGCCUACAAGGUAUUAUUUCUUACAAUGUAAACAUGAUUAUAUAUAGUAUCUUACAUGUGGCACUCACUUUCUUCUAGUUUUUGCAUAUUUUGUAUUUAUUUUAUCUGUACCAUGCACAAAAAGAUUCCUGAAAGAAAGACUACUGCAAAUAGUUUUACAUAAAAGUUUUGAUAGUAGAUGCUCUUACAAGCUACAACCUUAAAUUAAAUAGUUAUCGCAUUUAUUCGAUUAACCACCCUGGGCGCUUAUUAAAUUUUUUGACCUUUAGAGUGAGCACUUACUUGAGGCUGGGUGCUUAUUAAAUUUUCACCAUUUUCAGCGAAUGUGGUAUGUUUACUUUGCAACAAAGCAAUAAAUGGUAAUAACAAAAUGCAAAGAUGUAACAAAGUAAGGUUUCUGUAAAAUACUCUGAAGAAAACUCAGUCUUCGUGGAAGUCUCUUUGUAGUAUUUAUUUAAUUUCAAAUUCAAGCCCACUCAAGUCAAUAAGUGAAUUCUCUGGUGCUGCUUCCUCGAUGUCCGACAUGGUAAUGGAGGGGGAGGGGGGUGUAGUGGGGGUGGGCACUUAUUUGAGGCUGGGCACUCAUUAACUUUUUCUGCCUUUGACAUGGGCGCUAAUUCAAGGUUGGGUGCUUAUUCGAAUAAAUACGGUAAGAGGCAGUGCACCAAGUGUUUAGGGCAGUGGACUUGCAAUUUGAAGGCUUUGAGUUCAAGGCCUACCCCAAUUGCCAGCUGGAAGUUAGGAAGUCCUUUUGUUCCUGUUUUUGAAGUGGAUAGUACCCACAGGAAAUCCUUGUCUCCUGGCCCUACAUUGUAAAUGUGACACCCCUGCUUUAAUAGUGGUGUUGAUUUCAAUGAUUAUUUAAUUUGUUUUUGUCCUUAUUUGCGGUCCACCUUGUAAACUCCAGCUUACCAAUUAUUAAGACACCCCUACAAAGCCAUUUUUGUAGUUUUAAAUUACUGUAAUAAUUGUGGUUAGUUUUUACUGUUAUGAUUCUAAUUUAUUUGUACUACCUGUUAUGUUAAACUAGCAACUGUAAUUUAUUUUAUUUUGUAAAAAAGAAGGAAAUGUUGUGAUAAGUGGUUGACUGACUUUUCCCUUCUCAUUAUCAGUCUUCUAGAACUCUUCUUUGCACUGUUCAGAUGCAAGGAUAAACUACUUAGAGAGGUUCUUUACAGUCACAUAGUCACAGAUAUCAAGAACAUAAAUGCAAAGCACAAGAACAACAAAGUCAAUACUGUAAGUCGUCAAAUGCUAACGUGAUUGUACAGACAAUUGAGUUGGCAUACAUCAUCACAGAAACUGUCAAGUGUUAAGCUAUAAGGAAGCCAUUCUUUCUUCAAUUCAAUGUUACAAGUGUAUUCCUUUACAGCAGCAAGUCAUGCAUGCAAUUUCUUUUUUGCGGUUUCCCUUUAAUUAACAAGAAUUUGUAGAUUUUGUCAUCAACUAUUUUCUUCUUGUUCAUCAUCAUCAUCACCAUCAUCAUCAUCAUCAUCAUCAUCGUCAUUUUAACUACUUAAUACCAAGACAGAGUGUAAUGUAACUUCAUGUCUACUCAUUAUUUUUAUUUACUUUUAGACGUUGCAGAACUUUAUGUACACGAUGCUACGUGACAACAAUCCUAUAGCUGCUAAGAAAUCCCUUGAUGUAAUGGUUGAACUGUAUAGAAAAAAUAUUUGGAAUGAUGGGAAAACAGUAAAUGUGAUCACAACAGCCUGUUUUUCCCCUAUAACAAAGGUAGUACAUGUUCAUGUAUUACAGCUGUUAACCCAGCAACAUUUUAAUUCAUUGAAUAAGUACCAACUCUUUUACAAAUAAUAGACUAAGCCCCCUUCCCUGAAUAUGGUGUCUAUUGCCUUGGCCGAACUGGUAAAUAAGGACCCUUUCUUGUGUAAGUACCCUUCUCACAUUUCGAUCACGUUCACAUUGUGCUAAGCAUAUCACAUAAGGAAAUUGUCUUUUCUUAGUUUAUUAGUAUAGGAGAGCAGUUUCUUUUGUGUUAUGUCAGCUCGAUAUACCGUAUUUAUUCGAAUAAGCACCCAACCUCGAAUUAGCGCCCACCUCGAAUAAGCGCCCAUCCUAAAGGCAGAAAAAGUUAAUAAACGCCCAGCCUCGAAUAAGCGCCCACCCCACCACACCUUCCUCUCACUCCCAGUCAAAGUCAAAUUAGCGACCACCCCUAAAAUUGAAUAAGUACUAAUAAGAGACUUCCCGAAGGUUACAUUUUUAUUGUUUUGUAGGAAAAUACACAGUCAUACUACACUUGCUGAAAAUGUUGAAAAUUUAAUAAGCGCCCAGCCUCGAAUAAGCGCCCAUCUUGAAUAAGCGCCCACUCUUAAGGUCCAAAAAUUUAAUAAGCGCCCAGGACGGUUAAUUGAAUAAAUACGGUACUUGCAGAGGUCUUUUGUCUGUAGCUUGUUCCAGUCCUCACUUCUGUAUUUGGCACCAGGGAAAAUGAAAGGCAGGCGCAAAAAGAAUGAAAAGAAAAGAAAAAACCGACAAGGACUGCCAAAAUGACAGGGUGCCCUCUCUCAUACGUUUUAUUUACAUGUAGUUAGUUAUAUUAUCUUAUUUGUUUUAUUUUAUUUUAUUUUAUUAUUUUUUUGCGCUCACUUUUCUACUCAGUUUGUCCCCACAAACUGAGUUGGCUAUGUGAAAAGACUUUGUGUGCUUAUGUACCUGAAAAUUCAUUUGUAGAUUGUGGUUGCAGCUCUGACAUUUUUUCUUGGACGUGAUGAAGAAGACAAAGAUAAAGAAGACAGUGAUAGUGAUCAAGAGGUUAGCAAAGUCAUUACACCUUUUUUUGUUUGUGUUUCUUUUCCCUGAUGAAUAAACUUUUGUAACUGAAAAGACACAACCGCUACCUCGGCAGCUCCAAUACUGCAAUGUCUUAUUGCUUGCAAAACUGAAUACUGUAAAAAAAACGUCCUGUAACUGGGAUCAUUAGCCAGAGAACACCCUGGGUUCUUUUGAGCUUUUUUAUGACCAUCUUUUCAAUGUGGCUAAAUGAGAUUUAGGCUAAGUUAAACUCUGGACAGUGCUGAUCGACCAGAUGUCUUUCUCAUCUGUGAUUUGCAGCAGGGGCGUUGGGUCUUUUUGCAGCCAUUAUGUGAGGUCAGGUCAUUACAUUUUCGUGUUGUUGCCGAUCAUCGGUCGUGUUUUUUUGGAGCUCAGUGAGUUUGGACGCCACUCUCAGGGCUGUCAAGGUUACGCAUUGCACUCAGCUGCGGUCCAUGGUUCUACCAGCCUCUCAUGCACCUCCCCCCAUGCUCAUCUCUGUGGAUGACUUAAUUAAUAAAAAGCAAAAUGUAAUGAUAUCUGAGGUACCUUUGUUCUUGUGUUACGCCAAAUCUGUUUUGCUAGCUGGACCAGUCUGCCAUUAGACGAAUGCUUCAUGCCAGUAGUGUGAACAAGAAAACAAUGAAGAAGAAACAGAAAAUUGAGAAAGCAAUGGCAACUCUAAAGGUAGCUUUUUUGACUCUGCGUGUUCGUCUUCAUAACUUUCUUGCAUUUUAGUACUUCUUGUUUGCUCGGCAUGUCUUACAGACUGUAAGUACCGUAUUUUUUCCUUCCCCCUUUUAAACCCUUUCCCCCACCCCUCCCCCCAAACCCAUGCAAUCUCCUUUGCCAAAAGGCGAAAAACUCCUCAUCUGAAGUGUGGGAACGCAAGGAAUCCUUUGCAUGCUGGUGUCCCUUUCAUUUACCAAACCUCGUUCCCAGGGUUCAGGGGGCGUGUAGGAGGGAAAUCUGAUCUCGGCUCCGCUUCUCUUUCGUAUCACUUUAGAGGUACGGCACCCAAUAUUGAGUUAACUCUUUAAACCCUAAAAUCAAAAUUUGAAUUCUUAUUUGUUGCCUCUAUUCAUUUCCUACAGAAGUAGUGGGGAGGAGUUGAUAAAAAUUAAUAUCAAGCAAAUUCAUCAUGUGUGAUCAUGUCUGUAAUUCUCAUGACAACUCUGUUUUACAUAGCAUUGAUAUUACAAGGAGAAAUUUGAUGCUGAUAACUCUUAAGGGCUCAAAGAGUUAAGUCAUUUUUGUUCUCCUCUCGUGCUGGAGCAUUGUUAACAAUAUUAUUUUGUGCUUUUUAAUAUUAAAUAAUGUUAAAUUAUGAAUUUAUCUUUUUUAUCAGAAACAAAAGAAGAAACGCAAAAAUACGUCUGCAGUUAAUUUUUCUGCUCUUCAUCUUAUCAACGAUCCUCAGGGUAAGACAACUCAAUGUAAUAGACCGUAAUAGGCCAUUUCCAAGUUGCACCAAGCCUCUGUUUCACGGUAAGCCAAAGUGCAAAGCCAUUGAUGUGAUAAUGCAUUUUUAUCCUCAUGCACAUAAAACUCAUUUUCACAAGAAAAGUUUUGCAUUGAGCCAGGAGCUCCUGACUUAGCCUCAUUUCGAAAUUGAGCAUUAAACUCGGAAAUGGCCCGUAAUAAACGAAAAAAAAAUGGAUAAGUUAAGUUUACAACCCCAUAACAUGGUAGUUUUUUUCAUGAACUCAUUAUAAGUGUCUCACUGAAUUUUAAAAUUUUGGUUUUAACAGGAUUUAGUGAAAGAUUGUUUAAACAACUUGAGACCUCAACAGAAAGAUUUGAAGUUAAAGUAAUGAUGAUGGACCUCAUAUCAAGACUUGUCGGGGUUCACCAGGUCAGAUAUUUUUCUGCGUGCUCUGGUUAUACCCACCUGCAUUAUUGCAAAUUUUAAAAUAUAAAUGCAUCUAGGAUUGUCCACAUUCUGCUGCCAUAAUUUAGGGCAUAAAAGUGAGGCAAAAGAGUCAGCAACAACAACAACAAUAAGUUUAUUUCAAAUUAAAUAUAGCUUACAAAGCUUGUGCCCACAAUUAGCAAAGGCUAUUCGAGGCGGGUACAAGAGAAAAAAGAAAAUUCUAUGAAUAUAUAUAUAUAUAUAUAUAUAUAUAUUAAACGAACAACCCUAGAAGCAAUCUAGUUUGUCGUGUGGUCCAGAAUUAUGUUGAAUUAAUAGUGGAACAUUUCUCUGACUCUUUGUGUUUUAUGCAAACUUUUCCAAGACCAUAGGAUUUCCAUUUGAGACACCAGCCCAUAUACAACAUUUUAAGACCAUGCCUGAUUACAAAUUAGUAAAAACGUGGCUUCGAGCUGUUUAAGUUCCACAGCAUUGUUAGCUGUCUGAUUCUCAGAUGAGUCAUUUCAAUGAUUUAGCGAGAAAAAUCAUCCAAAAUGAGCAUGUUUAUAUUAAUAAUAUUAAUAUAUAGAUUUAGCAAAGGCCAAAAGCGAAGCUUUCGUAGGAUCUUUCAAGAAAUUUAUUUCUGCAGUAAUUCAACUUUUGCCAUAAGCAAGAAACAAACUGAAUUCCUCCUGAAGAAAAUGGACCUGAGCCUGUGAUUAAUUGAAAACCAAUAACAGUCAGCGGAUGACACGUCAUCUCAACGAGUUGUAAACCUUUUUUGACAGCUGUCAAUUGACCAAAACAUUUAUCAAGUUUAGCACAGAUUGUAUACUACUACCUUAGACUCCAAGGUAGUAAAUGUCACAUCCGCUAACAUGAACGGGUCGACGAACGUACGGACGAUUUUGUAAGAACCCAAAUUUCUUGGAUGCAUGGAUAACCAAAUUUUCUUACCCACGAUGCUCCGCUGCGCGCUUUCACGGAGCAUUCUAGUGAUGCUAUUUGAGCGUAAUAGUGACAUUUGUUGAGCGUAAAUGACUAGCAUAAUAGUGUGAAAGCAUAAUUAGCACAUUUCAAAAAUUAUGCGUUCAACCUCGUCCCUAGGGCUUCUCCCCUCCCAUUUUCGAAGAGAAAAGCCCCGGGGACAAGAUUGUAAUGCAUCCCAUUUUGUCCAGGACCGCGCCGUUUAGAGGAUUUGCGGGAGACUGGGUCGGGUGUUCUGUCGAACUGCACUGUGGACUGUUUUGGGGACGCUAGCGCUAUUUGAUUGGAUUUUACGAGGAUGCGCGGGGAAAAUGGGUCAAGAUUCCUCCCCAGAAAAGUCCCCACAACAACGACCAAUCCGAUUUUCAACCACAACCGCGCGAAAUGGCCAAGUGAGGCAGCAUACUCUCCCAGGGUCAUAAAAGUGGGCUAUGAAGCCCUGUUUUCAUAUGAUUUCUAUCGAAUUGUUACGAUCGCCGAAUAAGGUCGAACGAUCCGGACGAUUGCAAUUGUAGUCAUCUUAGCGGCCAUACGGAAAAUAGCCGUAUCAGCUCAGCCAUCUUGGCAAUGAUCUAUCCGAUUGUGGAAGAGUUGUUCACAUACAAUAAGUGCGACUGCUAAUCAACUGCAGUGAUUUUAGCGAUCGUACAUCUAUUUUCCCAGUAAUGUCCACGCCUUCUGUCAAAAUCAUCCGCAACAAAUUCCAUGUUGUAAUUUCAAACGAAAAUAAUCAUCCCCUUCACAGGAGUUUAAUUUUUUUCCUGUUCGUUCCACAGCUUUUCUUGUUCAAUCUGUAUCCUUUCAUCCAAAGAUACCUGCAGCCGCAUCAACGAGGUAAGAACUUGUGUUUCUCUUAUUAUAUUUUUGUGGGGGAGUUUAUGCACAAGGGCAGGUACUUUUUCCCCCACGAUCUUGCGAAUGGUCAGAUAAAUCUAAGGCAGUUAGUAAUUUUUUUUCUUCGAACAGCUGUAGUAUCGUUUUCUUAAUGAUACUGUAGCUUUGGUUUCUUGAUCGAAGAGCAAAGGAAAACAAAUACAAACUGUGUGGACUGGACCACGUGGCCAACUAAUCAAUUCACCUUAGAGUUUGCAAACGUCAGUUAACUCGAAUCGUCUCCAGAAUCGUGUCCGUCUUAUAGAGGUGUCAGUUAACCCUUUAAGCCCCGAUAUCCACUUGGAAAUUCUCCAAACUGAUCUCCAUACAUUUCCUUAAAGAAUUAGUUGAGAGAAUUUGAUUAAAGAUCAAAGCUCUUUCUCUUUAGUGAUCAUUUUAUUGACUCUCGUAACCAUUUCUCUUGGUAACAUAUGGUUAUUCUUAGGAGAAAAUUGAUGUUGGUCACUAGAGGGAGUUAACUGUACACGAGAGGACUGCAUACAAGUCAGUCACUGAACUGGGCUUUUAGUUGCCUUUUUUCACCCUUUUCCUACAUUGUGUGAGUAGUAAUUUGAAAUGGUCUGUUAGUAACGUUUUUCUUUUGUUUCUCGAUCCAUCAGAGGUCACUAAACUGCUGACAUAUUUCGCUCAAGCGUGCCAUGAGCUUGUUCCUCCAGAGGUUUGUAAAUCCUUAAUUUCAUAUCCAGUGAGUUCUGGAACGACUGUUCCUUCACAUUCGGGUUAGGAUUCUACCCCUUAAAAAUCGAUUGUAAAUAGAUGUUCCACUUUUCUUUCAGGUCAUUGAAUCAGGUCUCAAAGCAAUUGUAAAUAAUUUUGUCACAGAAAGAAACUCUAAUGAAGUUAUGGCUGUUGGGUAAGGAUCAUAAAUUAAUGUCUUCUGGUUAUUCCAAGAAUAUUUGCUAGAACGUUUCUCUUUUAUGUCCAUGUCAUAGGAUUCCUCAAGAGCAUUUUUGCAAGGGAUGUUGAAUGUAUUUCUAUUCUUUUGGCGCUAAUUUCAUAUAAUUUCAGUAAACAUAAGAGUCAGCCUAUCGGCAUUCAAUUAUCCAGUCUUAGCUUUUCGCUUUUUUAUAUGGCUGUGAUUAAAUUAACUUCAUAUUAGGAUUGAUACAGCGAAGGUUGAGUUGCUUGGAGAAUUUAAGACCGACUUAUCAGUGCAUAAAUGGACUUCAGUUAUGAAAUCUAGCCCGUUUGUAGUACUCGCUCUGGAAAUUUCAACUCGGAUAGAAACUCACUUCAUGCAAUUGAAAGCGUCCCUUUAUGAAGGCUCGUUUUCCUCAUUCUAGAUCAUUGAGGUCUGUUAGUAAUGAACUUUUAAUGCAACCUAGAUCGUAUACCAAGACCUAUGGAGAUAGAGCAUUCGCUGUUCAUGCACCAAGAGAAUGGAACUUAAUACCCUAUGAAAUUCGGAAGUCCAACACCAUCUCGAGUUUUAAAAGAUCACUUAAGACGUACUUGUUUACUAAAUUCAGUGAUAACGGAUCAUUGUUUUUAUAAAUUUGUAUAUAUUGCGUUAGUUUUAAUUUUUUCCCUUUUUUUUUAUCAUUAUGAAUAUGGUUUAAUAGUUGUUUUAGUUUCAAUUUUUCCUUUUUUAUCCAUUGUAAAUAUAUUAGGAUAUGGUAGUAAAUUUGUAAAUAUUUUUCAAUAAUGUUGUUUACAUGAUUGUAAAGCGCCUUGAACAUAGGAUAAGAGCGCUAUAGAAGUAAAGUUAUUAUUAUUAUUGUUUAGGAAACCCUGUUUAAUCCCUUAAACCCUAAGAUCAAAAUUUGAAUUCUCAUUUGUUGCCCUUAUUCAUUUCGUACAGAAGUAGUGGGGAGAAGUUCAUAAAAUAUCAAGCAAAUCAUCUUGUGUGAUCAUGUCCGUAAUUCUCAUGACCGCUCUGUUGUAUGAAGCACUGAUAAGGAGAUGCUGAUCACUCUUAGGGCUUAAAGGGUUAAGACAUUUUUGUUCUCCUCUCGUGCUGGAGCAUUGUUAACAAUUUGGUGCUUUUAAACAAUUGUCAAACUAGGGCUUAAAGGGUUAAAUCUGAGCCCCGCUAACCUGCGUAGCCGGCGGAAUUGUUUUUGCGCGCGUGAGAGUUUUUGGCGGCAAAGCCGCGAGAGGCGUCUCCUCCCCGUUCUCCGCGCGGCUUCACAGCUCCUCUGCCAAAACUUUGCUUGCCCAAACGAUCCUGCCAGCUCCACAGGCUAUUCAUCAUGUAACCGGCCCCUGAAUCCUAGCCAAAAGACGUGAUUUGCUCUCUUUUGUUUUUAGUUUAAACGCUGUUCGCGAAGUCUGUGCAAGAUGUCCUCUAGUGAUGACCGAUGAGCUACUACAAGAUUUAGCGCUGUAUAAGACGUCUAAGGAUAAAAGUAAGUGUGUUUUGAACUAUUCUCAAUGCCCAGAAAUAAACCAAGAAUAUUUUCAUAACAAUAUAUAGCCCACAAUUGUAAGCGUUGUAUAUAUUACCACCAUUUUUCUUAUUGUGCGCAUUUGUCUAAAAAUAUCUCAGAGGGCGGUCAGCGACCCACCCUUCCAGCCCUCAUGUAUGAGGCGGUGCGUAGACUGUUCACAGUCCCCUAUUUUCCUGUGAGAUCAUCGAGAUCGAGCGCCUCUUACCGUUCAUGACAGCCAUCUUGAUUUUCAAAUGUACCGAGGGGGCGGGCUUCGAAGAUUAUAGCUUUAUUAUACUCGUCUCUUCCCAAACCGUUCCCCGCCCCCUAAGCAGAUUUGAUACUCUUCCCCAGGUCAGACUCGGUACAUUUGAAAUUAAGAUGGCCGCCAUUAACGGUAAGACGCGCUCGAUCUCGACGAUCUGACGGAAAAAUAGGAGACUGUGAACAGUCUACGCGGUGCACUACCUUCAAUACAUGUGAAUGUACCACUGUCCACACCAGUGAACAGUGACCAUUUUCGUCCCAUCUUUCAUAUCCUCAUUCGUAUUAGUUAGUGAGAAUAUAUUACUGUUCCUUUACAUCUCAUAAAACUGACGCUAUUGUUGUCCCUGCAGGUGUUAUGAUGGCUGCUAGGUCUCUUAUACAGUUGUUCCGUGCUGUGAAUCCCGCUCUUCUUCAUAAGAAAGACAGGGUGAGAAAACUCUUUUCACUCGAGCUGUUGUGAAGGUUAAAGUCUUUGGGUGCAGAGGGAGGCGGGAAGGGGGUGGGGAGAAAGGGAAGCUCCCCCACCCCAUGUCCCCUUUUUGGUAGAUAGAGUUAACUUGCUCUUUGUGGUUAAUUUACUUAAUUACUAUGUGCUAUAGUUUUUUUUUUUUUCAAAAUAAACUUACCAAAUUCUUUAACGUUGACGAUAUUCUGUACCUCUGUUGUAGGGCAAACCGACCGAGGAAAGCAAAACGUUUACUGUAAAACAGUAUGGUGAACUGAAGACGACUAACUUUGUGCCUGGAACAGAGGUAAGUCAUUAACCCCAAAAAGUUUCAAAAUUGUGUUUCCCCAUAUCAUCAGUUUCUAGUGUCACUUGAAAAGCGUACAAUGUAUUACACGAAUAAAAUCUUUAUUUGUCAAUAGCAAGUAAUGUGAGCAAUAAUUUUUAUAACCUUGACAAAUUUGCGUUAAACGACUGAAGUUAGUCACUUCCGUGCAAACACACGACACGCGAUUGCAUGUGAUUCCAAUCGCGGAAAAGUGCGCGCACCCUACACGAAGUGUGUCGUGGCUGUAGGACAACAUUGUGGCAAGGUUUAAAAACCUAACUCAGUUUCUCCCACUAUUUACUUGUUUCGAUUUCUCUCCUCUUUCUUUUACUUUUCUUUUUAACGAAGUGGAUUGACCACGGUUAGUUCAAGUUCACUCCGCAAUGUAGAAUGAUAUAUUUUCAGCACUGAUGAAUAAAACCCUAUUGUAGGUUCUUGACGAAGGAAAUGAGGACGAGGACCUUGAUUCUAAAAUCGAAGCAAACAAUGGUAAUGAGAUUUACUUCUUUUACGUAGCCGUUAUUGUCUCAGUGAAGCAGAAUAGAUUCAUUUCCCAUUAUGUUUAAAAGCAACACGAGUGAAUUAGAUGAAAAUGUUUCUUUUCAUUCAAGUUGUUCAGCUUAGCUUUCUUUUGACGGACAGUAAGUUUUCCCACUGUUUAUGACAGCCAUAAGGGCCGAUCCAAAAACUUCUCUUCUAAGAAAUCCUUUCAGCUCUGGUUAGAACUCAAUUUGGGUAAUUUCAUCAACAGAUGAAUGGGAAAGUGAUGACGAUGAUGACGAGGGUGAAUGGAUAGAUGUUUAUCACUCUUCAGAAGAGGAACAAGAGGUAUCAUUUACGCGCUCUGUUUAUUAGGAUGGUGACUCGCCAUUUAGACCAGCAUUGAGACCCAGCAAACUAGUAUUUCAUCCGUUUCUAUCAUCAAAUUCGUCUUUUGCUUGGAUUUAUGGUUAUCUGUAUCAAUCAAAGUUGUUGAAAAUAUAAUAUUUCUGUCCUCUUACCUUAACCACUCAAGUCUUAAGAGUGACUGACCAAUGUCAAUUUUCUCCAAACAGUUUCAGUGCAUCAUCAAGAGAAAAGCUUGUGAGGAUUAAUGUAUUGGUCACUUAAGGGAAAAAGCUAUGAUCUAUAAACUAAUUCUUUCGACUAAUUCUGUAAAGAAAUGUAAGGAGAUUAGUGUAGAGAAUUUGUAUGUCGAUGUUGAGGCUUAACAGUCCCGCGGGUUCCCGCACCAACUGGCGUUGAAUUAUUCAGAGACUGUUCACAGUUUCCUAUUUUUCCAUAAGAUCAUCGGUCUUCCAAGCACUUACCCUUACGGGCGCCAUCUUGGGUUUAAAUAUGCCGAGCCUAGCCAGGGGAUGAGUCGAGAGCUUUAGAUUUGAGGACGAGAACCAGUACGUGCUCGAGAUUUAACUUAAAGUUUUUCACGCGUGUUUUCAAAAAGAGACACCGUUUUAUUAUACUGAAGGAGGUUACGCCGUCUCCUGAUAACAAAAUGAUAAAACUUCUUACAUUCGACAACUUGUUCUCGCCACUACGACAUUCUCUCGUAGUAGAAUGACGACGGCUAUCAUGUUUUCCCGCCAAAAUGACGCUGGUUCACGCGUGAGGAAUACUCAGUGUUGAGAAAAUCUCUUACUCGUAGUCGAACUCGUCUCAGAAUCUAAAGCUCUGUAAUAUCAAAUCUACUGAGGGUGUUUUGGGUUGGGGGGGGGGAGAAGGUGUGCGGAGGAACAUUUGAAACCAAAGUGGCAGCCCGUAACGGUAAGAGUUCGAUCUCAACGAUUUUACGGGGAAAAGAGAGGACUGUAAACAGUCUUACUUAUUCAUCGAUUUUUUAAACCUAGCUUGAGCUCGUUGUUUACUGAACAUUUGGGCUUUUUCUUGGCUAGAUUGAAGAAGGUAAAAGUAACGAUGGUAAUGAAGAGGCAGAGGAAGAUUUGAACGCUAAAGCGGCCAGGAUAAGUCAGACCCGCGUAAGUUAAAAGUUUCAUUUCUCGUGGCAAAGUUAGACUUGCUAUCCAGUUAUGGCAACAUGAUGUUGGAUAUCCACCACUCUUUUAUCUACAUGGACGCUUCACUAAUGCCUAGUCUCUCUCUUGUGUCAACUGAACUAGAAAUUUUUGAUAAGUCACUGACAUGUAUAUGUUUUAAAACUCAUUAACAUGUAAAUGAUUAAGAAUUACUGUAUAUCAAUAAAAAACAGUUAUCCAAACAUUAAGAACUGCACGGGGCGUGCUCAUUUGUUUUGAAGUUUCUCACAGAUGAGGAUUUCAAAAGAACCUUCCAAAUACGAGAGAGUGCGGUUCGUCAGAUUGACCCUUUAAAUGCUGGAAAGAAAAAACAUUUUUCCUUGAAAAGAGGUGUCUGAACAUUUUAUGACAGAACCCUCAAUUAAAAAUGUUAAAGGUCUGUACUUUCUCACAGGCAUGUUAAUGUCCUUAGCUUUUCAGUUUAAACGUCUCGUAUUGAAAAUCCAAUAUUGUUACUUGACUAGCUAAUCUGUACGUUUGGUCAAAACUUGUUGGAACGCUUCCUUUAUUCCCCUGCCUCUUCUCUCAGAAAGCUUAAAUCUCUACUGUGAUUGUGAACCGUGCCUUUAAACAAAGUGUAUGGCGAUGUUUGGGUUGCGGGUGUUAAGUUACCGUUGGUGUGUGUGUUGUGUUAAGAAGAGGAGGUAGGCCUUUGUUCUGAUCGACUUAUUCCUUUUUAGAGAUAUGGGAGAUUUGCGUUUACCGUUUGUGUGUGUUGUGUAUUGAGAAGAGGAAAUAGAGGGGAGAUUUUAGUGAGAGAUUUGUGUACUGUGCGGGAGGAGGGGGGUAAGGUUGCAGUAAUUUUUGCAUUGUAUAACAGUCUUAGUACUUCUUUACGGUAGGGAACGUCAGAUAUAUUCUAGAAACUACAAAUCAGAAGAGAUUGAAUACCUGUCUUUUAGCGGAUUUCCUAUGGAAGAACACUUCUACCACAAAUCUUGUCAUUCUACAGACUUUUUCAAAUUUCUUUUUAUUCGUGUAUUUAUUAUAUUGAUCACUAUUGUUGUUAUUACUAUUAUUAUUAAUUCACUUUUUAAUAGGGGCGAGCUGAUAUCUCUAAGAGACAUCGAAAACAUUCACAAGAAGAGAAGACAUGACAAGGAAUCACGAUUGGAGACUGUACUUGUGAGUAUAUUGGCUUCUGUAUUCUACUAAGUUGAGACGAGUAGAGUUGCACCGAGUGUACAGAGUGAAAUGUCCCUAACUAGGAUACACCCUGGACCAGCCCGCCCCCCGCACACCAGCUACUUCGGCACCACAUGCGCCCCCUCCCCAAGUCAAGGUUGGCCCGUUUCGGCCUUUGCGCGCCUCCAUCCUUGAUUUGGAUUGGGGUUAGAAAGAUUGCGUUUUCUUUGUACUUACUGCAAUCUUGGACAAAGUAGACGGAAAACUAAGACCUCCCCUACCCUCAAGUCAAAGGUCAGUGGGAAAGUGGUGUGUUUUGGCCUUUGCAAGGCUAUAUCAUUAGUUUUUGGGGAAAAGGGGGGAUUACCUUUUCUUUUCCUUUCCUGUCCAAAAUUGUAGCUCUGAGCGGGAGAUCAUCCGGCCCAUUAACUGUCCUCUCGCUUAUAAUAAUACAGUAAACUUUCUCCGAGAGAGACACCUUCGAACUUAGUUUGACUGUCUUACGAUGAAUUUUGUUUGACCGGGUAUCAUGUCCAGCUCUAAAUCGUAUACCGGAAACUUUGUCCGAGCGGGACAACCUCCGGACUAGCGGGACUAGUUCUAGCUCUCCGCCUUGCUUGGUUACAUUGAACUUAGUCAGAGCGGGACACUCGCAAGACCAGCUUUGACUGCCUGAGUUAAAGACAUAAUCCUGGGACUCAUGUGCAACUAGCCUGUGAACAGGCCUUUGGUCGAUAACUCGAGACACCUGUUUAAUGUCUCAACGACCACAAUGUCUCACGACCACACACAUGGGUCGCCCACACAAACAGAGGAAGGCUACCUUUCUUAUUUGUUGACUUCAACUUAAUUCAAUAGUUCAUUCAUUUUCAGUCGAAACGGAGGUCCUUCUUUUUUCUUGCCCAGAUUUUUUUGUAUUAGAGUUUAUGCACAGACUAAGCAGUGAAAUUAUCUAAUCAUGACCAUACAGCCACUGAUGUUCGACUUAAAGGAGGACUGUAACUACAAUAAAGGUCGGUCAUUUUAACGACGCUCAAGUUCAGUAAACCGCUAAAUUUGUGUUUUAGGCAGUUUUUUUAAGGAAAAUUUUUCUAGUGUUCACUAUGCCUCAGAGACGUUGAUCACUAUAAUGAAAACAAUGUUUUGAUGCUCGGAUUGGAGAAAUAUUAAAAAUGACUUUGAGCGCAAUCUUUUUGACAAUGGCUAAACGCCGGGUUCUUAUAACCGACCCUAAAUUUCCAGAGAACGGUAAAGUAAAGAACAACCCCUAAGAUUUUUUUUCCAUACAAAUGGGGCCAUCAAAAAAUUAUGGGAAACGGGGAAUAUUCCCUGCCAAGGGUAAAAAGGCCUGUAAGGUUUAUUCUCAACUCUCAUUCGUACACCAAAUUGCGUAUUAUUGGUUUGUUUGUUUGUUUGUCUCUUAAGUCACGCUUCAAUCUUUAUCUCUCCCUUUAACGGUUUGAUGUGUUUACAAGGCAUGCACAAAAUCAUGCACUGUAAUAUAACUCUUGAUCCGUAAAUGUCCUCUUUUCGACGUAGGCAAGCGCAUUACACCUUACUCCGACUUUUUGUCUCCCCUCUGAUGCUUGACGAUGCCAACUGGAAUAACAUCACGUCCAUAGGUAGCCUGCAUGCGCCUGACCGAGAACAUUCUGAGACCUUCUUAUCAAUGCAAAGUUGCCAACGGAAAUCGCUUUCAUGUAACUUUUCAUGUAUCGCCCAUUCUUGUUCAUAUUACAACCCGCUUUCGAUAAUAUCUUAAAAGGAAAAUUCAUCAACUGUACUAAUAACUUCCUUUUUGAGACGACAAAUACAUCACGCAUGUUGGUCUUUCGUGAAAAACGCGCGUGAAUGCGCGCGGGAUGCACACGCGUUUUAUCGGUACACUUAUUAGGGGGAAAGUUAACAGCGAGCAAAUUGCAUUUUGCUGGAGUUGCAGGCCUCAUGUACCAUUACGUUCUCAGUAAUCCUUUUUUAGGCAGUUUUGUGGAGCAAAAUGCAGUCACGUUGACAGGAACACGGUUUGUCUUCCCCUGUCGCUGCAAAGGAAGUCAUUUGAAGUAAACACUUGUCAGUUACGUAAUGAUCCGUUUUUAGCCUCACAACUUUAAUUACGUGACAUUGCGUGCGAGUCUCGCGUUUAACACGCAACCUUUGCGGUGAGGUUUUUGGUUUGAAUUGUAACAACAGCGCUCCUUUGAAAUCUGAAAUCGAAGAUUACUGACCAGAAACAUCGUCCUGCGUUUAAGCAAAUUGGAUGAUCAAGUUUAAAAGCAUUUACGGAUUAGUUUAUUGUAAUUGUUGAUUUGCUAGGUAAAAAUAUUUCCGCUUUACAGGAUAUGCUAUCCGAGGAACUUUCGACUCGCGCCGUCCGUGACUUGAGUCAAAACAUUUUUGCGUCCAGUGAAUGUUUUUACUUUGGCAUCUUCACUUUUGUUAUAUCGCUUCCAUGUUCCACGAAGGUUUGUUAUCGACAAGGAAGGUACCUCGAUAGGAAUUGCCUAGAACUGAGACUGAUUUAAGGUUCUCUGGGGUCUAAGCCCUCCUAUUGAAAGUCAUUCUGUCAACAGGGAUCAGGAAAUAGCUAGCCAGCACGCACGCACCUCGCGAAAUCUUCUUAUCUUUUCCAAGUUCAUGGGGUUUUAAAGACACUCCUGAAACCUAAGAUAGCUGCAAAGCGAGUUAGGGCAUGAAAUUCCAACGUCAACUCGUUGAUCUUUAUGACAAGAAUUUAAUGUAGUCUCAAAGAGAGAAGAGAUACUUCAGUGUUUGAGGAAAUUUUGCGAUGAAUAUUGGUUCCAAAACUCUAAUUGAAAAGCAGCCGAGCCUAUCAGAUCUGCGUUACAAAGCUAAGCGGAUUCCGUUGACUGCGUUGGGUCGGCUCAACCUGUUUGUUGUCGGGCGCGUCCGUGUUUAAUUUACCCAUCCUGUCUCUUUUUAGCCUCAAGCCGUCUUUUAAUGCUCAAAUCCGUUAUUUCUGUUAUCAGGGAUUUUCCAAAGCAGCCAAAGGUUGUAAAGAAUAGCCUUACAGUAGCGAUGUAAUCAGUUCUGCUUUGGCAUGGAAUUUUUUAUUGACGAGGCUCAAAUGUAAACCCACAACUUUACCAAAGGUUUGGGUGCAAAAUGUGCAUUUUUGAUGAAUUAACCCUUUUAAGUAAGUUUGUGUUUUGCGUUUUCUCUCAAAAUUAUGAGGCCUCGCCCUUCUAAUCCCCCCUGCUUAAAACCGAAGACAAACCGUAUUUCCAAAAAUCUAAACAACUUACAGCUUUAGACACUGCCAGAUCAAAAUGUCUAGUUUAUAUAAGAAGAGAAUUGUAAGCUGCUUCAUCAAAGUACAAAGACUUGGUUUGGGAUGUGCAAAGUAUGAAAAUAUGGUACUAGACAUAUCGUUUCGUCUUCUGGUUGGAAGUUUCAGUAAACAAGUUAUGUCGCAGAUAUUAACCCUUCCACUCCUAAGCUUGAGGUAGUCCGUGUACGAAAUCCUGUGUUGUGACCAUUCAAAUGAAAUAGUUUUGGUAAUACGUCCACGCGAUGUUAUUUAUGACUGUACACGUGAGUCUGUGGACGAAAUUAUAUAAGCUAAAGGAGUACUUUCCUGUGCUCAAGCAUUACUUUUGUAUUGCUGAAGAAUGCUUUCCUUUAGUAAAGCAGUAGUUCAAUUUUAUGCUUGGUUUUUCCCUUUGUUUUGGGGUAUUGUGGUGUAUGAUACUAAGUUUAUAACAAAGGGAAAUAAAGUUUAAACCAAGGAUAACAUUGAACCACAAUAUGUACAACGGAAACGCGAGCGCCGAUUUUAACGAGGUUCCAGAAAGACGACGGGGAGGAAGUGAUCGUACAAAAUCCCUCAGUGUAUCAUUCAAAGUUUGCCUCGAAUCCCAGCCCAAGCGAGUCGAGUUUUUAUUUGAAAGGAACGUGGCCGAGCGGUUAGAGCGCUGGACUUAUAAUCCGGAGGUUCCGAGUUCAAGUUCCACCCUGACCAUGGACUGGAUUUGUUCCCAGUAGUCACGAGUUCGACAGAACGAAUUUGCCACCUACAGGCACUCCGCGCAGGCUAGACCUCUCAGAAUCCUCAGUCACGCUUGUAAAUAGCCAACUCAUGUGGUUUGCCUCCGGCCAUUUGAAAAUCUUACUUGUCGUGUUUAUUGAAUCGAAACUAUUUGUUCCUGUCCUUAUUUUUCUUAUUCGUAGGCCACGAUGCAAACUGCUAAGUUACCAGUCAUUUUGUCAUCCCCUUCAAGUCAAUUUUUAUCCAUUAAUAUGCUCAAAAAUUGGCCCAAUUCUUACUUUGCUCCUAAUGGUACACUUUAACGUUCAAAGUUGUGAAUGAAAUCAACUAAGAAAAGUCUAUACAGUUUUGAGUCUUUGCACUCUUUUCAAGAUAGCGUGCGACCUCACACAAGUCUUCCUUGCGGAAUUUGACCUGUCGAGACAAUUUAUUUCCUCUCUCCUCUUCGUCCCGUCUGUUUGGCAGUUUUUGCUCGAUAUUGAUCACCUGUUGAGUAAAAUCAUUUAAGUUGCGUGUGUAUUGCUUUGAGUACCCAGAGACUAUGGAAAUCGAAUGCCCUCAGACAACGUAAGAGCAUCGAGUAGGUCUUCAUAUCAAAACAAAGCAAACGCUUGUGUGAUAUAGUGUUCCGGCCAGUCAGUGUCUCAUGAACUUUUUUUAUAAAUAGCAUGACAAGCGCAAACCAGUCGUCUAAUUUGCGUCAACAGGCGAUUAAGUAACGAAACGCUGGCGUGUAUUUAAUAUAAGGUCUAUUCGCAAGUUUAAAAAUAUGAUUCCUCAUUCUCCUCCCUCCAUUGCAACAGCAAAUUAAGAUAAAUAAAGAGAGUUUUUCGCUAACCGUUUCCCUUUAUUUCGAAGGAUCUUCUGGAGCUCUAUUUGUUUUUAUUCUGAUUGAUAAUUCCGGCACCUACGGCCCAGUUAAUGUCCAUACCCUUACGUGAUUAUCCUUUGCAGAAACUUCGCACUUUAUUUUAAGUAAGCACAUGCAUGCAGCCAUGCCCUGGGGCACUGUUGUUCUCAAGCGUUCUCACGCCAUGUGGUUGUCUGCUUUCGAGUCAUAAGAUAUUACUAUGUCAUGUUUUCCCUUUCAGAGUAAAACUAUCUUCUUUUGGCUUCGUGUUAUCGCACGAGGUUAUUCUUGUUUUGGACCUGUGGAACAAAUUGUAAAACCGUGGUUUUUUUGGUUCAAUGAGUAGCUUUCCAAACGUGGGUUAUGGAACAGUAUUUUUAAUGGCACUGUCUUCAAGUCUCGGAGUUUUUUUCCCGGCAUUAGUGUCGAGUUUCGGAGUCACAGUAACUGAUGAAUUUGCAUUUUGUCUUGUUUACUCAUUGCUUAUCACAAAGAUCGCCCGAAUACCCAACAUAAGCUUGUCUUAUAUCUGGGGACAGACCGAGUUACUAUUUUGCGUGCUAAAAGUUUAAUUUUGAACAUAUUUGUUGUAUUGGCCUCGACACUAAAAUCUCGUUCUCAGCUAGCUAUUGUAGUUCUUACGUAAUUGCCCGGUAUGUGUGUAGUAAAAGUAAUUUGUGGCGGCAGAUAUUUGGCUCAGGUAAUAAUUUCCUGCAGUAGAAAAGACUACAUAAUAACAUGAAAAUGACGUAGGUUUAGACGUAAUUACUUCUAUAACUCACUACUAAAAGGGCAAUACUGUAGAACACGUCACGACACUUUGAUUUCCCUGGCGUCUUUCCUUCUUUUUGUAAGUUGAAUUCUUUCGUGGUUAAAUCAUAAACAACAACAACAACAACAACAAACGUGGAUUGUAAAAAAAGUGAAUUCCUGUUGUUACUGUAAACGUAUAACUUAGAAUUGUUUCGCGUAGACAUUGAGAGCCGCCUUAAAACCCUGUAACAACCAAGCAGAUCACUUCCAUAGGCGAAAAUGUAGACAUUAGGGCCAUUUAUACGAGGAAAAAUAAGACGCGUCUUACAUAAGACGCCUCUUAAAUAAGACGCGAACUUUCCGAAUAAACGGCACAUUUCGUCUAAAAUAAGACUCGGCUUAGCUAAGACGCGUCUCAUGUAAGACGUCUUAUUUUUCCUCGUAUAAAUGGCCCUAUUGUUUGUUAUUGAACUAACAACAAAGACUAAAGAUGCCAAAAGUGACUGUGAGUUGGUAUAGUCUUUCGGUGGCGACACUGUGAUUUGCGUAGUUUGCGAAUCAGAAGAAAAACUACGUCGCUGACUGAGUCUCUCUUUACAGUGUCGCCACUUAAAGACUAUACCACUUUCAAGCGCACAGUACCUUGCCCCUUUCCGCUACAGUGGGUUCCCAAUUUGCACGUAAAACCAGAAAUUUUACGUUGCUUUAAAUGCAAAUAUUACUAUACGAACGGUCUCCCCUGUUUUCGUCCACGGACUCAAAACUGAGUCACUGACGACGCCAGGUCAUUCCAGAACUGUAGCUAACUGUAGCAGCUGCUCGUAAGGUGUUUCCUCAUUAGUCGCAGAAAACAAUAACACAGCAUUGCUCAUCAAUAUUUCCAUUGUUUUCCGGUCAGAGUUGCAAACCAAUUGACUUGUAGGGUUAGGAAAGCUGGUACACGCCCAGUUAUUCGUACUGCUCCCAGUUGUUUCCCUUAAGACACAGCCUCUUAUAUCUUGCCAGGCUGGUAGACAAGACAGAGAAAAGUUUAGCUCAAAGAAAGCAACAAAGAAACGGCUCAACGAAUUUGCCAGUUCCACGAAUAAGGUAAGUGAAGUUCUUGCUUUCAAUAAGGAUUGGUAUUAGUUAAUGAAGAUAUAUUGGUGUGCUUGUAACCAUAUUCUUUAUGUUAACUUGUUUCUUGACUUGUUGCUCAGCUUGAAGGGCUCUCUUUUCUUGAAACUUUAACCAAAAUAACAUGUGCAGGAACACUUCUUGACAAAAGCGCAAUGGAAGGCAUUAGCUUAACACAGAAGUGCUUAGUAAGGUAGCAUAGUUUUUAGACACUCGUCAUUUGGGCUUUUGUUUACGCUAUUGUUAGUAAUUUAACAAAAUAACUGAAAAGAUUCGUCAAGUAACAUAAUAUGUUCCUCACGUUUAUACGGUAACCAAGCAAAGAAAAAAUGUCAACUAAGUCUAGCAUUGAUUUCUUGAUCUAUUGGUUAAGCAGACGUUUAAAAACUUUUCUCAAGAAGGAGGGGGGAGGGGCAUGCAGAGAAAAGGAGCAACAGGCAGCAGACUCUUGCUGAAUUUUGAUUGUUUGAUUGAUCCAUUGAUUGAUUGAUUGAUUGAUUGAUUGAUGGAGAUGUAGGUUUGUAACCUCCUCAAUUACUUUUCACUUAAUUUCACUUUUGUAUGACAAGCAACGUUCUUCUUGUAGGAGAAAAGAAGGAAGAAGAACUUCAUGAUGAUGCGACACAAUAGAGAUGUUAGGGGCAAAAAUAAACGUUCAUUCCGAGACAAACAGGUUAGUGCCCUUAGCUUCCGUUAUAUUUAGGGGAGUCUCAUAACUCAAAGAGAAGAGUGUGCUCCCUCGGGAUAGGAAGUGCGACGGCGGCUUACGCAGUGAGCCCAAUGGAAGGUUUUCUAGCAUUGCUUGUGCCUACAAACACCCUGCUUGUUCUGUGCCACGGCUUCAUGUUAUAAUGAGUUUAUCUGAGAACUGUUUUCAAUUCCCGACCUCGUUAAUUUGAACUUUCUUGGGUACAUGUGAAGCAAACAUUCAGGGACAUCAUGUUGCAAACGUCGUGAGAAUAGUGUACCAUGCAUCUUGUCACUAGCGCAAACCAACAAAGACCUUGGGUGUACGCCAUAGCCUCUCAACCCAUGGUCCAGUGCUGCAGACUCUGAGCCACGAAAGGCGUGCGAGACCGUUUUGACGUUUAGAAAAGGUUCGUCUGUGGCACCCAUCCUGCACCCUGCUAGGAUUCACCUAUCUCCCUGUGUGGCAAUCAGUCACGUCAGUUGGCGAGAGGGUACUAAAAUUUCAAUCUACUUAUCUUCUUAAUUGAAUGUGAUAUCAUAAACUUCUUUGAAUCUUGUGCCGUUAGAGUGAAAUCUUAAGUUUGAGAUUUUAGAAGAAUAUGAUGCAUGGGAGAUAAUAUUAGAUUUAGGGCAACAACUCCAGAAAAAAUUUCAUUUCGCUUUAUCAUUUAUUUUCUUCACUCCGUCAUCUGUUGUUUUUCAUAAUUUUUUUUUCGAGAGUGCAUAUUUUCGUAAGCCCCUCCCUUUAGAGUCAAAUAGGGGUUUUGUAAGACAUUGUCCAAUUCUGUUCCCCACGACUUGUUUUUUAACUGGGACGCAUUAACUUUGAUUCCUUUUUCUCUUACAGAUGGCUCUGAAGAAUUCUCUUCUCAAAGCCAAAAAGGCCAAGUAGUUACUUGCGUCAAGAUGAACAUCUCUACGAAAUUCCGUUAACAUUCCACUAUUCCUGCGCUGAAGUGCACAAAGAGAACGGAUAAAAGCCUGCAUCGGAAAUUCUUAUCCGCGGUCGGAUUCCACAUCGCGGGCGUGACGAUUAUAGCGGUAAAGCGAAUACUCGAACUCAUAAUUGUACCAAGGUACAACAGAACAGUGUCAUUUCUGCCGCUGAUUAUCAAACGCAAAGACGGUCGCUGAUGAGAAAUGCGAUUAAAACUUCUUGCACCGUUUUACAACUGAUAUCUUUGAUUGCAUCUUUUAUUGUCGAGUCUCUGCUGAGUUCUACCAAAGAGAAUGCAAAUCUAUUUCAACGUUCACAGUAGAUUAACAUGAAGCUUAAGCAUUUCCGACCAGUUAAAAGCGGAAACGUUUGGGAAAACAAGGGUCUUAGCGAUGCAUUAUACUCGACAGCUUUUGUUGCCUUGGUCUUAAAUUCGCCAUUCAAAGGCGGAAACGUUUGGAAGAAACUAAGUAUCUUCAGUGCUGCAUUAAACGUGAUAGCUGAUCUCUGUUGGUAAAAUUUGCAAUGCUUGACACUCUUGACGUUUUUCCUUGAAAUAAUAAUUUGAUUCUCAGAGCGGGGCAACCUUCUAAAGCACUUUGCGUUCAAAACCUUUAAGUUGCCAUACAGUAAGGAUAAAAUUUUAGUUUUGUUCCCUAUCUCUACAUCUAAGAAGAUCAGAAGCUUAAAGCUUUGUGUAUUUUAAGGUCUUUUUCCAGCAGUUUUGAAGCUUCGUUCGUGCCUGCUCAGAUCAGUAGAUUUUAGAAGAAAAAAAAAUCGGUGACUUUCCUUUUCUUUCACUUCUUCAGUGUCCUGAAAUUUGUCGAAUCCCCGUGCUAUUUCUGUUCAGUCGUAUAAAAAAUUUGUGUAUAGGAUUUGAUUUCCCCCCUUUUUUAUAUGAUGUGAAUUAGUGUGAUCUUUGCAUUAAAAAGCCUGAGAUACUUACGUUAGGCCUGUUUCAAUUAGGUGGAGGAAGAAACAAAUUACACGUUUAAUAACGUAAGCUUUUAGAUUAGACUAGUAUCCAAGUAAACCGGUGACAUCUUGGUCUCUAUAUUAAAGUUUGUACUGUGGAUGCCAAAACACUUCCACGAAAGGAAAUAACUUCUGGACGAUAAAUUGUUAGUUUGUGUGGGUUAAAAAUUUCGAUCAAGUUAAAUCGUUGGUUAAAUUAUGCAUUCUACGUACUCCGCCAAAGUUCUGUAAAUACAAAAAGGAUUAUACAACGGAAAACGUUCUGGCUUGGUGUGCUUGAGGUUUUUUCCCGGGAAAUUUUUACAACGUGUUCCUGCAAAAAUUCCCUGAUUCGGUGUCGUCUGUGCUUUAGUAAUAACAUAAUUAUUAUGAACCGUGAUACUCCUUACCAUUGGCAAAAUCAGAAAAUUUAAUCAGAGGAGC